AUACAAAGAUAUUGAUGGCGAGGGCAAUCAAGCAGUGAAACUGGCUUCAACUGCAUGUGGAUUGAUUUGGUCGAAGCUGUCCAAUACGCACUCUUCCCCAAAAGAGUGUUUUCAUUCGAACCCCCCUUAGAUCAUCCUUGUGAAACCAGUGUUGGGAAGGAACCGCCUUUAUCAGAUUCGAUUUGUAGCUUACCACACUGUAUUUCUUUAUUCUGGUUUCAUCCCCGGUGAACCGGCUGAGAUCAUGACAACAUAUCUGGUGUUUCUGCUUUCCCUUUCCGCUCUUCUAGCUCUCACCACGGCUCAAGGUAGGUUCAGCCUUUCGAACCAAGAUGCUGCUUUCUGGAACAACCAAGCCCAGACGACACUCCGGAAUGCCCUCAAUCGCGGACAAAAUCAAGGUAUCGCGAAGAAUGUCAUCUUCUUCUUAGGAGACGGGAUGGACAUCACCUCCACGACCGCUGCCCGCAUCUUUCGGGGUCAGCUCAAUGGAGAGACUGGUGAGGAGGGCUCCUUGGCAUGGGAUGAUUUUCCUCAUGUAGCCCUGUCGAAGACAUACAAUACGGAUCAACAAGUUGCGGACUCUGCGGGGACUGCGACUGCAUUCUUAUGCGGUGUGAAGGCUAAAGCCGGAACACUUGGAAUCGAUGACGGGGCCGAAAGAGGAAGUUGUGCGUCUGUUGCUGGAAGCGAGGUGGAGUCGGUUUUAGUCCAGGCGAACCGAGCAGGCAAAGCUACAGGCUUAAUCAGCACUGCUCGCAUAACACAUGCGACCCCAGCGGCCGCGUAUGCCCACUCACCGGAGAGGUACUGGGAGGUUGACGCAUGGAUGCCCGAAGAAGAGGCUGAUGAUGGCUGUAUCGACAUCGCAAGGCAGCUAGUUGAAGAAAACAACUUUAUUAAUGUCAUUCUUGGAGGCGGUCGCAGACAUUUCCUUCCCAAUACAACCCUUGACCCCGAGUACGCUGCCGAAAACGCGACAGGUUACCGAACAGACGGUCGCAAUUUGGUCGAUCAAUGGCUAUCGGAUAAAUUUUUGUUCUCGUCAGAGUACGUGUGGAAUAAAACUGCUCUUGAACAAGUCGAUCUUUCAUCCACCGAGUUUCUCCUAGGUCUGUUCGAACCGAGCCAUAUGCAGUACGAGGCUGACAGAUUGAAUGACACUGGCGGUGAGCCCUCUAUCGCCGAGAUGACGGAACUUGCGAUCAACAUGUUGAGCAACGAUGAAGACGGAUACUUCCUUAUGGUAGAAAGUGGGCGGAUCGAUCACGCACAUCAUGACAGCGUUGCAUACAAGGCACUAACCGAUACUAUCGCCUUCCAUGAAGCAGUCGCAAGAGCCGUCGAGAUGACGGAUAGUGCCGAUACGUUGAUUGUGGUAACCGCUGAUCAUGGACAUUCGUUUGUUAUGGGUGGAUAUCCGAGCAGAGGAAACCCGAUAUUUGGUUAUGAUGAUAGCGGCAAUGGCACCGAUGAUAAACCUUUCUUGACAUUAUCUUACGCCAACGGUCCUGGUGGGAUCCGUCUUGCUGAUAGCUACAUAAACACCGGGGAGCGACCAAACCACUACAAUUCGGAAUAUAAUUCCAAAGAUUUCAUUCAAGAUGCGGCUGUUCCUUUAUACUACGAAACACACGGGGGUGCUGACGUAGCGAUUUACGCGCACGGUCCCUGGGCCCAUCUGUAUCACGGUACGCAAGAGCAGAACUACAUUCCGCACGUCAUUCGAUACGCAGCAUGUUACGGAGAUAGCCAGGAGAACGCGUGCACACGCGCUACGGAAGAACCACCGAUGUGUACGGGAAGCGCGGACCAUACCGCACUUGCGUCAUGCGCGUCGCUAAUUCUACCUUUGGUUUCUUUUAUUACGCUAAUGUUUUAGAUUAAUAAACGAAAA